GAAAGUAAGGGGGGAAAAAACGCGUGCAUCACCGGCAGCUGUAUAAACAACAUGGCACGGUCUGAGCAAUGCAUCACAUGCUAGCCUCCUCUCAACCUUCCCUUCAUCCCACCCCGACAGAGAGGUUAAUCAAGCCUGCUUCGCUCCUGUUUCCGAUUGGUUUUCUUCGCCUGGGCCCCCUACCCCAUGACUCGAGUCGUACGUCCUGGUGUGGUUUCCACGUACGCCGUUGUGUAGUGUUCGGGUUUAUUUAUUAUUUUCUUGGGUUCUCCCUUUUCGUGCAGCGAGAGAACCGUGUGUAUGCGGCGUGUACGUACCGCGCAUUGACGCGGCUAGUCGGUGGGUGAUUCUUGUACUUAACCCGGCCCCCCGUGCACAUUGUGUCUCCAGUUUCGGCGCUCACUGCACUCGCUGCGGGCUGGGCGUAAGCAAAAAACAAGGUUUUGUGAUGCUUUCGAGCGAGCUUGCGGCCACAUUGGACAGCGGCCUAGUGGGAGACGUCGGUCAUUCCGAAGCCAGCCCGUCCACGGCUUUCUCCUCGUCGGCGAUCACCUGCGAUUUCUUCAGCCCGGUGGAGCUCGCUGCCAAGACCUCCCGGAGUCAUUCCAGCGGCAGCAGCAGCGCAGCGGCGGCGGCAGCAGCAGCAGCAGCAGGCAUCGGGCUGGGAGCCUCGCUGGCCGGUAUGUUGGAACCCGACUUCCGCAGUGUGGCCGACUACGGCAUGGGCCCGCUGAACAUGAACGGCUACCACCAGCAGUCGGCCGCCACCAGCAGCAACAACUUCACCACGCUGACCCCCUUGCAGCCCCUUCCGCCGAUCUCCACGGUCUCCGAUAAAUUCCGGCACGAGGCGUCCAAUGUCAGCGGGAGUUUCACGCUCAUGAACGGCUCCAACCUCCAUGGUAUGUCGUCCAACCCCUACGACAAGCUGGGCGGCAUGAACAUGGGACAUUCCUCCAUGGUGGCCCACGGCGGCAUGGGCCCCAAUUCGGUGUUAAACGGUUACGCCCCCCACCAGUCCAUGGGGGGCUACGGGUCCCCCCACCACGGGACCAUGUCGUGCACCCCUCAAGACGCCAGAUAUGCAUCCCCGAUGAACGGCUACGAGCAGUUCACCCAUCAUGCCAGCUCCCCUCAUCACAUGCGGGCCCUACAGCCCCCCUCCCAUCCCCACCACCAAAGAUCGGGCCUGACGAGUCCCAUGGUGCUGAACGGUUACACCGGGAUGACGGGCCACACGCACCCGAGCCCCAACUCCGUGGGCCGGUCGGGAGAUCGGGGCUCGUCCCGGGUGGAUUCAGGGAACACUGGGGAGGAAGUCAACACCAAAGAGGUGGCUGGCCGGGUGACGAGCGAGCUCAAGCGGUACAGCAUCCCACAAGCCGUGUUUGCCCAGAGGGUGCUGUGCCGGAGCCAGGGAACACUCAGCGAUCUCCUGCGGAACCCCAAGCCGUGGAGUAAGCUCAAAUCUGGGCGGGAGACCUUCCGGCGGAUGUGGAAAUGGCUCCAGGAACCGGAGUUCCAGAGAAUGUCGGCAUUGAGAUUAGCAGUUACACACACAAGGCCUGCAGCUUGCAAGAAAAAGGAAGAGGACGCCAAGGUGACGCAGCCCCAGAACCACAUCAAGAAGCCCCGGCUGGUCUUCACGGACAUCCAGCGCCGGACGCUGCACGCCAUCUUCAAGGAGACCAAGCGGCCCACCAAGGAGAUGCAGGUCACCAUCGCCCAGCAGCUGGGGCUGGAGCUGAGCACUGUCAGCAACUUCUUCAUGAAUGCCCGGCGGCGCUCACUGGACAAGUGGCAGGACGAGAUGGGCAACAGCACCCAUGGCAAUGCCAAUGGCAACGGGGGCUGCGGAACCAACACACCCACGACGAUCACCCCCAAGAGCGAAUUUAAGGCCUAGGUGUUAGAAUGCAUACUCAUCACUCUUACGAUCUCUUCUCAUCAUAGGAGUCAGGAAAUACAUGUUGCACAAGUUUGGAAGCUUGGGACACCAUAGUUGACGCGAUAAUACCAAAAGUAUUCCAACUGUUUGAAUAUCCAGUAACCACUGCGUGCUAGAGUUAAGUUGAAAGACUGAUGAUUGAUCUAUACUAUUGUGAGAUUCAGCUGCUAUUUUAGGAUACAAAUUUCUGAACUUACAAUGCAUUUGGCUGAGCAUUCAGGGUGAAGGUUCAUUGCAGACAAGUUGAGCCCCUCCCCCCAAAAAGACAGCUCUGGGACCAAUUCAUGGGUCUGACAAGAACGGUAAACAAGCAAGUUUGCUUUUGCAGAAAGAAAUUGCCCUUAUACAAAACAGUAACAAACAAAAAUACAUCACAUGACAUUGUAGUUGAAAACCAGCCUAGCUCUUAUUUUAAUAUUUACGCACACUUCACAAAAUCUGUGUGUGCUUUGGAGUGUGGGUCCUUCUUUUGUGGGUGCCAAUGGCUUUCUGGAUUUUUUUCAGUGACUGGAAGGUAGCAUUCAUAAUCCUAAUAAUCAUAAUUCAUAAAGCGGGGGGCGGAAGGGGGGUGGGGAUAAAGGUCUUUGCUCUUGUAUGUCUGAUUUUUCCACACUUGGCAGAUAUGUCGUAUUAUCUAUUCAUCAAAUUCACCUGUGCAUUGAGCAUUUCUGUAGGAAAACUUUAUUUUUUAUUGGCCGAUCGUCUCAGAAAAUUGGCCAUUUAUGCGAAUUCCAGGUCCAACUUUCAUGUAGAUGGUCUCAAAUUGAUUGUAAGACAUUCCUUGAAAAAUACUUGAAGGUUCAACCUCAAAAAAAAGGGCAUUGCAGUGACACAUUUGAGAGGAUGGGUGGAUUCUGUCCCCUUACCCAGGCUCUUGCAGGGUUGAGGACUUUGCACAGAGCUUGAGAGAUGACCAAACCCAAACUUAAUAAAUUUCCUCAAUCACUUUACUAACAACACUAUUCUAAGCAACCCCCCUGCCUGAUUGGUCAGGUGAUCAGGAAUUCCUGCCAAACAGAUCACUGGUUUCCAAUCCAUUCCCUGGUAAUCAAGCAAUUCUGAAUUUCUUAGGUACAUGUAAAUACAAUAUCUCAGGAAAGAUGUACAUUAUAUUCUUGUACAGGAGAAUACAAGUGGAUGUUCCUGUGGUUACAGAACAGUUCACACUUAAAUGUUAAUGUGAAGUUACAGUGGUCUACUUGAGUUGUUGUGGUAUAAAUAGCAAAUGUCCUUUAAAAAGGCAAAUGUUUUUGAAAGCAAACAUCUUUCUCAGUUACGCUGCUUACAGUCUCCGCAGAAACGUUUUUCUUCGUGCAUCUGGGAGUAGGGGCUGAAUUUUCACAGACUUGCCCAAAACUCACCAAAGAUGCCUGACGGUGGAAAAUUCUUUCAUUCUGUUGGUAACAUUUUGCUAAACGGUCAGAGUGUACCAGUAUUCUAAAGGACCUUCCCCAAAAAGUGCCGCUUAGGCUACCCAAGUUUAAUUUUGCUUUAUGGAAGACAUACAUGGAUGUCCCAACUUGAGCAACAUUCUCUGUGUAGACAUGGUAAUAUGGUAAUGACCAAACUUUGUUCAACAUCACUGUAUUCCAGGCAAAUCCAGGUAAAUUAUCAAACAUAAAUAUAACAAAAAACUUCUCCUGUUGUGACCAACUCACCAUGGGAGCAGGUGCACUUUUUCAGGCUGGGUUGUUUGUAGGUGCACGGUGUCAAUUGACAGAGAAACUGCAAUAAGUUCGUAAUGCAUUUUCUACCUCCUUUCAAUAAUCUUUUACUUUCAUUCAUAGCGGAACAUCUGGUAAAGAGGUUUCACUUUUCUUUCUUUUUCCUAAGAAUUUUAUGAGUUCAUCAACGGAGUGGCAAUAUGACAGUUGUUUGUUCACUGCUUUAGUGCAGUGAUCUACGUGUGUGCUUUUGUUCGUCUGUGGACAAGCUAUGAUCAUGAUUUCUUAAACAUUCCAUAAAGCUUUAGACUGUUGUCCAGGUCAUAGGUGACAUUGUGUAUAUUUUUGCCGUAUUUAAGCACAUAAUUUAUUACAGUUUUAACGUUAAAAGUCCGACCAUAUCUCUACCGAGUAUCUAGCAGUUGGCAUCCGAUGUUUGCUAUGCUGAAACCUGACCCAAAUCAUAAAAGUAACAAAGAAACAAGCAAAAAAAAAAUCUCUGGAUCACUUGGGAACUCUGUUUUUGUUGAUUUUACAGUUCUGUGCUGCAGUUUGCGUACUUAAAUAUAGGUGUGGUGAAAGUUUGUGUAGAUACAUGUAUUUUGGAAAAAGAAAAGUAAUUUAUUUGUAAAGACACGAAAAUUGUAAUACCAAAGUGAAAAUGAAGGAUGGAGAGACAUUAACUUGUCCAUGUUUAAAUUUAGCUUGUUUUAUGACAUGGAAAUUUUUUCAUGUAACUAUUUCACGAUUUUAGUGUAUUCUUUCACCAGUAAGUAUAAACACUUUAAUAAUCUGCGGCCAGCAUACUUAUGACAUGACCUUAGGAGAGUUAUACAUGUGUAUGGUUACUCCUCAUUUAAAAGUCUGUAAAGGUAUAUGCAUUUUUAGUUUGCGUUUAAUUUAGCCUUUUGAUUAAGAGUUUGAUUUGUGUUUAGACAACAAUUUCUCCAAUUCUAAGAAUUGGUGUAGAAUGCACAUUUACACUUAAAACUUUUUUAAAAUUGAAUUUCACAUUUCAAAAUGUGUUUUUAUUUUGUCAAUUUAGUCUGCUUUUCAUUUAUUCAUUCAUAAUUCAUUAAUUUUUGUAUCAUGCAUGGGGAUCUGUGCACUGGCCAGUGGCUAUUUUUACGGUCUGGUGAGCUCGAUGUGUGGUUGGAAAAGUUGAUAGAACUGUAGACUCAUGUAAUGCCAUCAUGACAAGUUCUGAAAUGUCAGCCUCGAAUGGGGUAGUGGCUGCCAAGCAAAUAGGCUGAGUGGUAUGCUCCUGGAGUCAGAAGAUCUUCAUUAAGGGAAGCUUUAUAGUGGUAUAUUCAUAGCCUGUACUACGAUAUCAAUUUAGCCACACCCACUACAGAGGGUGUCCUUUACCAGCCCUUAUGUCGAUAUAGGGCAAAGGGAGCCGGGAUAGCAAUUGGAAAGUGCAUGACAUUUUUUAAACUGGUUUUUACACUUCCAGGUACGUACUUCAAACUUCACCCAGGUAUAUUGCCAAAUUUUGUAGCUAGGAUUUUGUUCGGGGCAAAAUGUUUCAUAUGUGUAAGAAUUACCAAUCUGUUUGCUGAGGAUUGUUUUUGAUUUGAAUUGGCAAUGCUGGUUGUGAACCAGGAUUGAGAAUUUCUUCCAGCUUCAUCAAGAGGCUUAUGUCUGUUUCAUAUUGAAGUAUGGGGAGGCGAUGUUAAUACAGUAGUGGCGUGUGCCGAAUUCUCCCUACCUACAAGUUGUUGGUACAAAAUGCAGCUUUCAAAUUAGUCACAGGAAUGCAUUGAACCUGUGAUGACUUUCAUUACAAAGCCAACCUUUUUGGUCCCUGGAAUUGUAAUUAUUUGGUUGUACAGAGUUUGAACUGAAAUUUGAAGACACAUUUCGGAAACUUUUUACUAUUGUGUGCGUUUGUUUGUGCAAUACAACCUCUUGUAAAUACACACGAACGAGCAAGUUUGGUCAAGAACGACUGGCCAACUGAUGGUUGAAAUAAGACAUACAUUGCAUCUGAAUGCAAAUAUCAGUGCAAAUGGACAAGUUCCUGGCAAACUAUGGUCUGAUGUUAUGACAGUGAUCAGGGUCCUGGUUCCCUGCGCCACUUGUGAUAUAUACAUAUACAUGUAUUGAGAACCAUGCAGCAGUAGCCCUGGGUUAUCAUGUAUUGUCCCAAAAUACUCAACUACUUGUUAAACUAGAUCAUUUAACUUGCAGACGUUUAAGCCAUCCCGAUCUUGGUCAACUGCAGUUCUUGACUGAGCUUGCUCGGUGUUUUAGAAGCCUGACGUGGUGUGUGAUUGGUCAACUGUUGUGAAUAUUUAAUUAGGAAUUUUGAACCUAGUAAAUUUGACCUUGGGACAUCAGACCCAGUGUUCGGUUUUUUGCUAAGGAUCUGCUAUUUUUCGUUUGUUUUUCUAAAUUAUUUUGGUAGUUUAUUUUCUUGGAAAGUUAUGGUCACGGUGUACAUUUUUUGCUGUGCAAUGCUUCAGUACAUUAUGACGUGUAGUACUUAAGUUGGGAGCUCACAAAGAAAUAGAAAACUAGAGAGGUUUCAAAGUUACGGCUAGUACAGACUAGAAACAAGUCUAUUUUAGAAGCUACUUAUAAGGUGAAAUCCUACCGUGGGUCUUUCAUAUUUGAAUGUAAUUUCAGUCAACACUCUGUUAAGUUCACUUCUUUAGAUAAGUGAAUACAUUCUUGUCUUUAGGGUAUUUUUGAGUUCUCAUGAGGCCAAUACAAUAUUAACGUGUAAGAUGUCCAGAUUUUUGCACAUUUUGUUAUGGCUGGAUUCAGUUUCCAAACAUAAAUAUGACUUUGCAUUGUUGAACCUGUAAGCAUUCCUGGCUUUUGUUUUCAUAAGCAUGAAGGGUAUGCAUAACUUGCCUCUAUCAUGCCCCAUACUUUUGUAAUAACAUCAACCUCAACCAGCUUCCCUUUAUAUUAAAAUGACAUUACAUUUAAAUUUACUUCUUGGUGGACCAUUGCGUGGGAUUGCUCUCUUUGAACUUCUCAAGUUGGUUUUAACACUAGUUGCAAGAUCCGAUUUGUUUGGGCAAUUGUGUACGAAAGUCUAUAUUAUAAGUUUUUGGUAAACCCACAACUAGGCACACAGAUAGCGGUAACCCUGUUAAGUUUGGAACUUUCCUAUCCCUGGUGACCUGUGGUCUGGUCGUUUACACAAGCAUUGUUGACAAAAGAAAUGUGGUUAGCCACAUCCGCAAGACAAUCAGAGAACAUAGGAUUAUGGGCUGAUCACGUGACAGGAUCACAGUGACCCACCUGACAUAAGAUUGGAUAAAGCGAGGUGACAAUCAGCCAAUAAAAACUUUAAAUUCAGUAUUCUUGUACUUACAUGGCAGUUUAGACCAGUAAGUAUUCAUCCCCACAUUUCCUUUUUUUGUUCCAAAUCGAACGUUAAGUUAAGCACUGGGUGCAAACAAGUCAAAAUGUAAACCAUCUGGGGUUUGUGUACACUUUACAAUGUAACAUUUUACGAUAGUGUAAUCUGUAUAUGAAAAGCGGAGAUGUUAAUUAUAUAUAAAUACCGUUUGAAAUAAAACUUUAAAGGGUCUUUAUGUCUGGAAA